AUUUUUGUAUGAAUCCAAAUAAAAUUUAAAUGGUAUUUUGAAAAUAUUUUAGUAGUUUUUAUAAAAUGUUAUAAAGUCUAUAAAAAAGUGAUAGCGAUAUCGUAUAUUUGUUAUCACGCCAAUAGCUGCACCUCUAGAUAAGCCAUAUCAGUGUUAAGUAGUGUGGUGACAGACGUUACGUGUUUUAUUUGUAUUUUUGUGUCGCCAAAAUAAUGUUCUUACGGAAAUACAAGUGGUUAAUACUUAUUCUCAGUGGAUUAACUUUCAUCUAUCUCAUCUUCUUCAAUUUUACCACCAUAAAUGACAACAGAGAUUUUCAAAUUUACAUGGAAAAACUCCGGGUUAUUAGUGAAAAUCUGGUGCGGAAGGGAUGGGAUGAUAGUACGGUAGCUCAGUGGAAGAUAUCACUAGAAAUUUCAAAGAAUUCACCAAAAGGCAGCUGCAAUUUCAAAAACAUUGUCGUUGCUCUGCAUGGAGAUUCCCUGGAGGAUUACCUAUGGGAAUAUGUGUCACUCCUGGUGCUAAGGGAGCGAUGGAAACAUGAGCACAAUAUCACGAUAGGCGUUUUCUUAUCACCAAAAUCCAAAAGAGCACUUGGAAAGGUGCUGUUCAGAGUUCAUCUGGAUUCUGUGAAGACCCAUCCAAGUGACUGCCUUGACUUCAAACAUGCUGAGAUCUUGGGCAAUCAGGACACUCCGAAAUUUGCCAAAGAUCCCUCAAGACCACAGCUAUUUCUGCUGGAACCAGGAGCCAAGAGAUACCCAGAACUCGUUCACACUGAUCUAAUUUGGCUGAAAGGUGGCCUUAUACUCAGAAAAAGUCUCUUGAGUGAAGCUAAGAAUAGAAUGCGAAGACUUAAGGAGUCCUUCAAGCGAGAAAAUGACACAAACAAUAUCUACUUGGUGGCACUUCAUCUGGGCAUCAAUCGAAUACCUCUAAAAGUCCCACUUACUUUCUACAAGACAGCGAUCAAUACUGUCCUGAAGUGGCACGAAGAAGCUGGAUUUGUGAUCUUCUGUCCCAAGAGCAAGAUGUCCUUCUGCAAAGACACUUUCGACGAGGAAGAGUCACACUUAAAAAUUGUUCAGACCAAAGAUGAGGCUGAUGAUUUAGCUGCUCUGACACUAUUUGAUGGUAACAUUAUUCGGAGUGAUUUAGGCUUCCUGGCAGCCCUUCUCAAUGAUGGAGAAACUCUUCUAUUCCAAACCCAUUCCACAGACAAUGAUCCUGCGGCUUUUGUUGCUCGCUAUCAACCAAAAUGGCUGUUGAUUAACUAAAUUGAAACAACUAAAAUUUUAACAAAUCACUUUUCCUCAUUUUUUUGCUUUAAAUCUUUUUUACUUCUUUGUGACACAAUUCAUCUUUUUGUUUCUCUCUCCCUAAAAACUAAUUCUCUCAUACAGACACACAUUUCUAAACGAAAUAAAAUAUAACAUUGGAAAUAGCUCAAUAACUAAAAAUUAUACAAUUUGUUGGAAGUUACUUUUAAAACAGAGGAGAAAAUGAACUUUAUUUUAUGUUCGACCAAAGAAAGGUUAUAAACUUCCAUACACGAUUAUCCUAAUAUUUUUACUCUUUCUCUCUAAAUUAAAAAAAAAAAACAAAUAAUAAGUAGGAAAAUUAGGAAGAAAUUUGGGAAUAAUAAUUUUAAUAAUAGACAUUCAGCUCGCACUUUUUUUAGUAUCAUAAACAAUAAUGUGAAGUUUUGGAAGAGUUUUAAGGAUUUAACUGUAAAAAUUUAAUUUGAUAUUCGAGUUGACAAAUGCAGAGAAAAUCCCUUAAAAAUUAUCUUAAACGCAUUUCCAUCAUUAGAAAGAUAUUUCAGGAAUUUCAGUAACAAUGUUGAAGAUUAUUUUUUGCAUUCUUUUAGAAAAGUGUAAUGUACAAAGGGUUCAACAAACUCAUUCAGAAUAAUACAGACACUUUUUUCUUUAAGAUAAUAUUAAUUUAGUCUCAACUGCCUUAUUAAAAAUUUUAUUGAGUGAGAUCUUUAAAAUCUCACCUCUUACGUCUCGUAGUAGAUUUAUCUGAAAUCAAAUACCUAGUCAGAACUAUUAGCAAGUGAGUAUAGCUUGGGAAAAACAUAAUGCAAUAUUUUAAAAAAAAAAUCAAAUUUCUAUGUUUGGCACAUUUAAAUAUAUAUUAUCAUUAACAUUUUGCAUUGAAAAUGGAAAAUUAGUUAUCAAGGAAAUAAAAAAAAAACAUUCCUCAAGAUAUUCUCAGGUCAAACCUUUCUAGAAUAGGUGUGCAGAAGUUCAAUGAAAUCGGUAGAUUAUUUUUUACAAAAUCGUGAUCAGCAACUUCGGAAAAAUAGUAUUAGAAAAAACAGAAUUAAAGUUUCCGUUCAGGAUUGGAUGAGUGUGACUGAAACCUUUUAAAAGUCCUUCAUGUUGUCUGAAAAGUUCGCGUAAAAGACAUGAAAGAAACAUUAAAUAAUUCUAAGACUAUCUUUUUCCAAAACCAGUAAUCUUUUAUAAUUUCAAAGCACUUGUCCCAAUUCAGCUUAAAUUAUCAUUAAACUAUUGAGGAAAUGUUUUUUUACAAGUUCUGUCAAAUAAGGCUGAAUCUGCUAUUGAUUCUUAUUCCAUUUAAACCGUUGGUCAUGUGGGAAUUUCGUUAUAUUUCGUAGUGAACUGAACACUAAUCCCAUGAAGUCAAACCUAGCGAAUACGGCGGAUAACAAAAGAAUUUGAUAUUCAUCAUAAACAUUAGAGAUAGAGCCCGGCCAAGUUCGAUAUACAGUAGACACUCGCUCAAUCGCCUCUUUUUCAAUCGAGCGCAAAAUUUUGUUGACAAUUUUCACGUUUGAUUUUAAAGCAAAUUUGUUCAAAUUUGCUGUAUAGUUCCUCUUGUUUUAUCGUGAUUCUUUAUAUUUGAGCGCUUUUUGUGGAAUUUACAAUGAUUCUGAUGCCCAAAUCUCUCGAAAAUUUGGAUGACAUUUUGCCCCAUAUGCCCGAUUGAGAGAGAGUCUACUGUAGUAAGAGUCGAGAUCGGGAUACAGUGGGGUGGAGUGGGAACGCAUGCGUCUCACCGUUAGAAAACUCUCGAUCUCAGAUACGAUAUACUAAAAAAAAUCAUUGAAAUCACUUUACAAGUCGGGUGAAAAGUUUUAAGAGCGGACAGAAAAAAAAGGAAUACCAAGGUAAUUCCAAAAUCUUGUUUUUCUAAUCAAUAAUCUCCUACAACUUUGACGUACUUGAGUUAAUGACCCUCCAAUUAUAUUCUAAAAAAAAACCAUGGCAUAAGCGUGUUUCUGGAACAUCUGCAAAUAUACUUCUAUGGCUGCUAUUGCUUCUUUAUUCGGCUCAAAGUGUUGUCUACGGAAAAAUUUAUUCACGUUUCCCGACAAAUAGAUGUUGCUGGAGGUCAAAUCUAGUUAAUAAUGACGGAAGAUCAAACAAUUCGUAUAUUAAAUCGACGGCUCCAUUCCAUACUAUGCUAAGUCGACUUAGCUUUAUAUUACUCCGAGAGAUAUGUUGUUUCUGAGACCGAGAUCUACAACUGGUGAAAAUUUGGUGGUCAUCCGAUGUUCGGGUAACGAGAUAUUUGAGAUUUUCGAAAAAAUCUAGGAAAAAAUUCGAGCAAGGAAUUCGAAAAAAGCAUAGGAAAUCGCCAACUUCAAAUGGCUCUCCUGAAAAGUUGUCAUUCUGAGAUAGCAUAGUAUGGAAUGGAACCGUCGAAAUAUUCGAAUUUCGGAUUAGUGUUGAAUAAAGGUUUUGUAAAAAAUUUUACAUAUACGGCACCACUUUUUUAAUCAGAUUUUUCAUAUUGUGGUUUCACUCAGACCAAAAUCCAUUUAAUUAUCAAAACUCUUAUAAGCACUCGCGGAUCUAAGAAUGAGGGAGGCGACUUUGCAUCCUAAUAUACGAGCAUGCAAUGUCACACUCUCUACCUCAUCACUUUUUCACUUCUAUAUCCUAGCACGGUCACCAAACAAAUAAUCGGGCUCUCUCACAAAACUACCCCUAAGAUGACAAAGUGCUCGAAUAGCCGGAUUCGCUGGAGGAGAGCACUAGUGGUACCAAUUCAAAUGGGAUUCCUAUGAGAGGUUAUUUAACGGUGCCAGAGAGUGGUUCCACAAUAUGCAAUUUAUUGUUGCAAAAUGUAUCGUACUCAUUAAUUUAAGAUGCCUAUAGUAUGAGCAAUUUAACGCAUAGUCACACUUGGGUCUACACUACAGAGAUAAUAAUUUGAAUUUUUUCAAUGAUUAUUGGGUUGAUGCGCAUAUUGACCUUUAACCGUAUGGAUCAAUUUUAGGGCUUGCAGACCACGUUGAAAUUCAUGGUCCGUAAAUAAUAAUAAAAUGUUUGUCAAAAAUUACAAAAAAGGAAAUAAAUCAACAGAUAACAAUUCUUAAAAUUUUCCUUACAAGAUAGUUUUAUGGCAAAUAAAUUAUAUUUUGUGCAGAAUAUUGAAAAAUAAAUAGUCCAAAUAAAAAAAAUAUUUUGUAAAAGUUUAAAAAAAAAAAUAAAAAUUCUAAGAAAUUCAGAAAAACUCAACAAUUCGGGAGAAUCGGCUAUGAAAUAAAAAAAAACAGAGUCGUGAGUGAAAUGAAAAACAUCCAUCUAUAGUUUUUCUCAUUCUUUUUUUUCUUUCAUAAGUUCAUAAUAAUAAUAGUAAUAAUAAUCAUAAUAAUGUUUAUGUAUAUAUUAAUAAUACACUAGGCUCUCCCAUUUCUCAUUUUCCUUCAUUUUCUUCUUCUUUAUUUAAUAAUACAUAUUAAUUAGUUUUUUUUUUACUUUAUUUCUCGUUAUUCUUUUCAUAAAUGUCUUACUUCACUGAUUUCUUUUUUUCACAUUUUCUCAAUUUUGUUUGCUAAUUUCUUUACAAUUUUUUCUUUUGCCAUUCUUUUGCUGAGGGAUAAUGAGUCCUAAAAUAUGCUGAGAAUUUUUCUUUAAUCUUUCUGUUUUUAGCCGUUAAACGCUUUUUUCCUUUCAUUUUCUUUUCGUUUGCAGGAGAUGGAUUGUUUUUUCAUCUGGUUGGGAUAAGAGUUACGGUUAUCAUGAUUGUGAUUAUUUUCUUUAUUUACUAACACUGUUUAAUUAGAGAUUAUUUUCUGUUUUUUUUCCUUUUUUAAAUAGUAAAAUGUAUGAGACUAUUUUUUCUUACUAUAUUUCCAUGAUUCCAUCGUGAAAUGCUCUGUUUCCUUUUCUUUCGAGGGUGUAUUUUGCAUUUUUUCUUGCUAUUUUUUCCAUCUAUGUAAUUUUUUCUUUCUGAAUUUUCUUUUAAGUUACUUUAAAAACCGCGUAAGAAAAACUCAACAAAAUUGCUUUCUUUUACAGUCAAACAAAUUUCCUUCGUGCUCUUGAAUUUAUUUUUAGGUUUAUCCUCAAUUUUUCAAUUAAAUCGUUUUUCUUUUUUUUGUUAAUUCUUUGUUUUCUCAGAAUUACUCUAACUGGCUCUCACACGUCAAAUUUCGUCACGAAAUUCAAUUACUUUCAUUUAUUUAUUUUCUUCCUUUUUACAAAUACUUAAUGUCUAUUUUUUUUUUAUAAGAAUUUCUUUUCAUUUACUUUACGUCAUCAAAAGCAUUAUUUUUCCUUAGUUUUUUUUUUCAAUAGUAAAUUUUCUCUAUUCAAUAUUAUAAGUUUUCUCUUUUCGUUGUUAUUCCUUCUCUCAAAUACUUAUUCUUCUUUCUUCUUUUUUUUUAAAUCUUGUUUUUGCUAUCAAAAACAUUUUGUUUUACUACAAUACUCGAGAGAUGGAUUGAAACAACAGUUUAUUUUUGUGGAAAUGAUUUUUUUUGUUAUUGAAAGAAUUUCAUAAAAUACUUAAACGUCACAGCAUAUUCUUCGUCGGUUUUUCUUUUCAAAACAAAUAUCAAAAAAAAAAUUAAAUAAAUUGUUAGAAAAAGAAAAUCGUCAGCAGCACGGAAGUAAAAUCGAUGACUAGCAAAAGGGGAUUAUAAAAAAGAAGAACAAGUUCUAAAUAAGUUCUAAAAUCAAAAGAAUUUAAAAGAAAAAUGAUUGUGUUUUUCGUGGCUGACGAGUUUUGUGUUUUACUUUGAGCAACUUCUUCUAAAAAAAAAACGAAAGAAAAAGAAAAUCCCAGAUAAAAGAACUUGAAAAAAAUAA